AUGAAUUCCUUGGGCACGGCUCGCGGCGAGCUGCUGUUCAAUGCGAACCACAGCGAACUAGUUCCGCCAGGGCCUCAGGAGCAGCAGCAGCAGCAGCAAGCAGCAGCAGCUGCUGCUGCAGGAGGAGCUCGACUCGCUGCCCAUGGUGGAGCCGGAGCCCGAAACGGAGCCCGUGACACGCCCCAGCUGCCGCCCACCCUGCCGUACAGGCCGCAACCCCAACUCCUGCCCCCCCAACAGCAUCUGCAGCAGCAGCAGCAGCAGGGAACGCCGCCGGCGCGAGUGUUCUACAAGGCGCGCACCGUGCAGGAGGCAUCCAAGUUCUCGAUCCAAAUUCCGCCCGAGGCACCGGCCGGCACAGUUCGAAUCGCAUCGCAUCUGGGCCAGCAUCCGUACAAGAUGAUGGUGACGAGCACGCAGGAUCGAUACCGGAGCACGCAGGGCGGCAGGAUGUUUAUGCCAGCUGGGACUCAGCCGAGCCAGAACCAGAACCAGGGCGCCUUUCCCAAGACCCUGACCGACUUCAUCAAGUCGAAGAGCAGCUUUGUGACGGCCAGACGCAGAUGCGUGGCGUCCUGCCCAACCAGCUGCCGAGGCCGACGCUGUGCCAAAUGA